UGCUCCUCCCCGCCCGUCUCUUGGGCAUCGCCGCUUGUUGCGGCCGGGACCGGUCCCUGGGCUUGGGGGUCGGGGCUGGCACGGGGACGUGAUGGGUAGGAGGGACCUGACCCAGGGUAGCUGCUGCCCUGGGGCCCGACGCCCUGCUCUAGCCCCCCGUGCAGUGCACAAGACCGUCCGUUAGAGCUUUGACCCCCCUUCGUCCAGCUGACCGGAACCCGUCAGGGCCUGCCUACCUGCAGCAGUCGCGCUGCAAGGAGGGAUUGGGAUAGGCUUCUAAUUUCCCUCACUGCAAACCAGUUCUGCAGGCAGAGUGCAGAUUUUGACACCAUUGCACGUUGGCCCUGGUGAUGUUAAGGGAGAAGAAGUGGGUGACGGUGGGAGACACAUCCCUUCGGAUAUUCAAGUGGGUGCCUGUAGCAGACAGUAAAGAGAAAGAGAAGUCCAAAACAAGUAGCAGCACUGCCCGAGAACCCAAUGGCUUCCCAGCUGACUCAUCUGCCAACUCCUCCCUCCUCCUGGAGUUCCAGGAUGAGACCAGUAACCAGAGCUCCUUGUCAGACGUUUACCAACUCAAGGUCGACAGCAGCCCGAACUCGAGCCCCAGCCCCCAGCAAAGCGAGUCAAUGAGUCCGGCACAUACAUCCGACUUCCGCACGGACGACUCACAGCCACCUACACUGGGGCAGGAGACCCUGGAAGAGCCCUGCCUCCCUUCCUCGGAAGUUGCAGAUGAGCCUCCCACUCUCACGAAGGAGGAGCCUGUCCCUCUCGAGACUCAGGACACUGAAGAGGAGGAUUCUGGGGCGCCGCCUCUGAAGAGAUUUUGUGCAGAUCAGAACUCUGUGUGCCACACGGCCUCGGAGAGCUAGGGACAGGCCCCUCCUGCCUGCCCCCGCCGCAGAGCCCUCCUGCCCUACCCCGGGUCAGGCCCCUCCCACCAGCCCCCCGCAGAACCAGCUCGCCAUCCCCAGGGACGGGUUCCUCCCUCCAGCCCCCCGCAGAGCCGGCCUGCCCUCCCCAGUGAUGGGCCCCUUCCACCAGCCCUCCUCCCUUCCCCAAGCCAGCCUGCCCUCCCCAGGGACAGGCCCCUCCUGCCAACCCCGGCAGAGCAGGCCUGCCCUCCCCAGGGACGGGCUCCUCCCACCAGCCCCUUGCAGAGGAGCUAGUCUGUAGUCUGUCCUUCCCUCAGGGACAGGCCAGGGCACCUCGCACCAUCAGUACUUGCAAAAUUGCCUCUAUUUAUUGGCUCCCUUUUCCUGCUGAUCUGUGCUGGUGCGGCAGGGGCGGGGCUGGUCAUGUGGCCUGCUUGUGUGAGGGGCUGAGUCCUCUGGGUCUCCUGCUCUGCCUGGGCACUGGGCGAGAACUGCAGCCUGACAGAUGUUGUUCCCCUGCAGGACGAUGGUAUUUAGGGUCCCGUGCCCCUGGUUGCCAGGAAUGAAAGAGCCGUUCCUGCUGCACUAAGUAGUUUCUCUUCCCCAGAGAAUUGUUUCCAUGUCCUGGAGCUUCCCUCAGUAAACAAGCCUCAUUGAUGGGCCGGGUUAGGUGAGCAUUUGGGGCAUGGGACCGCCCAGCACUGGAACUUUAACAAAGGCCUUUGCCCUGCAGGGCAGGGAUCCUGAGCUGGGACAGUGUGCAAUAGCUGUUGGUUUAAGCCAUUUGUGCUGGAGGAGACAGGUGCACCCGUGCUAUGGAGGGUAGGCAGAUGAGUGAGUCAGGGCACAGCCGCCAUCCCCAGGCAUGCACUAUGGGGCCUCUGGAGGUCUUGGCACUCUCCCCUGGCCCCUGCAGGGUAGCAGUAUUCAAGGGUGCAGGCUGUAGGCACAGAGCCCUUAGUAUUGGAUCCAGGGAGGUUGCCACCAGGUCCCUGGCUGACUCUGUGCCUGGCAUCGACCUGCGGUUCCUUAUGUGAGUGCCCAUGGGAGAGGCUGAGGCAGCAUAGGGUUUCUUCAGCUUGAGGGUGGGGAGGUCCUGCUGUGAGGCCGACUCCAAGUCUACCUCAGGGACCGGGAAGGACACAGCAGGGUCUAGGGUCUCUCCCAGAAAACCCAGGGGCCUUAGUUCUCACUCUGCCAGCACUGUCAGGGUGGCGUCAUUUCCCAGGGCACCCUUACACUGCCUGCCCUUGGUGCCUGAUUUGCACACUCUGGCACCUCUCUCACCCGGCUCCCAGUCAGAGCUGCUCCGCAGGCUUGUUUACCAAGGAGCUCCCAUCCCUCCUCUCCAACGCCAUGGACCUGUUUCCUCUUCGUUGCGAUCUGCAUGUCAAAUUGAGUCUGUGAUUGAGCCUCUGUUGAAGCCGAAGGCACCGGCUGUGCGUGGAAGUGGAGAGAUAUUUUAGCACUGAAUAGAAUAUUUUUAAAAUUAAACUAUUUGAAAUACA